UUUGGCUGCCCGGCACCGGUAACUACUCUCCUGUCUCUUUUCCUGGGUAAACAACCAAAGCUUCUUUCGGGUCUCUUUCAUUGACCCACAUAUAAAUCAUGAAGCUGCUUUAGACCAUAAUAGUUUGUUUGCGGACAUAGAAGAAUUGCUUUACAAAUGCGACCAAUGGCAUACUCCCUGACCCAGAACUACCUUGCAGCUAUCACCAUCAUCGUCGUCACGCUAUCUUUACCCCACAAUUCAGUUGCAGAUUGGCGAAACCAUGGAGCUGACAUAUCCAACACGAGGAGUGCCGAGGAUUGGCAGAUCAACCGAAACACUGUCUCGGGUCUGAGUUUAAGAUGGAAGUUCUUUGCUGGAAAAGACAUAUCUGCUACCCCUGCUGUAGCCGAUGGGGCCGUCUACUUCCCUUCAUGGAACGGUUUCUUGUACGCCGUGAAUGCAUUCACUGGCGAUUUGUUCUGGCGUCAGAACCUCAGUGAGAUUACUGGGCUUCAAGGCACUGGAUUAACAGUGAACGUGACAGUCUCAAGAUCGACCCCGACAGUUGCGGGUAACCUCCUCAUUGUCCCGAUUUAUGGACCUGCAGUUGUGAUUGCUGUGACUCGAUGGAUUGGGAGACUGGUUUGGUUAACUAUGAUUGAUCCUCGUCCAAUAACGGUGAUAACUACCUCUGGAACCGCUUUUAGGGGUGCAUUCUAUGUCGGAGUAUCAUCACUGGAGGAGACGCUACCACCUAGUGAAUGCUGCAAUUUUCGGGGAAGUUUGGUGAGGUUGGACAUCAGCUCGGGCGCAAUUCAAUGGCAGACCUAUACGGUCCCUGAAAAUGGAGGCAAACUGGGCGGCUAUUCUGGAGGCGCCAUAUGGGGUAGCAGCCCUGCCAUAGACCCAAGACGACAGCUGGUCUACGUAGCCACGGGAAACCUCUACACGGCCCCUCCUAAUGUCACAGAAUGCCAAGAGAGGCAGAACAACGAGACGACAACACCAGCUAGUCCCGAUCAAUGCAUUGGGCCUGAUGUCAACUUCAAUUCCAUCAUUGCAUUCGAUAUACGUUCAGGGAGGAUCAGGUGGGCUAGGCAGCUUGGCGGAUACGAUGUUUGGUACUUCGCCUGCUUAGUCCCAAACAACCCAGAUUGCCCUCCUGGGCCAAACUUGGACGCUGACUUUGGCGAGGCUCCUAUGCUGCUCAGCAUAUCAUAUAAUGGGAGAAGACGGGAUGUUGCAGUGGCUGUGCAAAAGAGCGGGUAUGCUUGGGCUCUGGACAGGGAUAAUGGUGAUAUCGUUUGGUUCAGAUUGGCCGGACCAGGAGGUGAGGAAGGAGGAGGGCAGUGGGGUGCGGCCACGGACGGAAGGAGGGUGUAUACCAACAUAGUCAACAGCAACAGGGUGAGCUUCAAGCUAGCCCCCUCGAACCAGACCAGCACUGCAGGUGCCUGGGUGGCCCUGGACACUAACUCCGGGGAAAUCCUAUGGACCACAGCAAAUCCUGGCAACGAUACCACCCAAGCACCGGUCUCAGUGGCCAAUGAUGUGGUCUUUGUGGGGUCAGUGGCUCCGAACGGCCCCAUAUAUGCGAUGGACGCGAGGACUGGGAAAAUAUUGUGGUCAUAUAAUACGGGGGCUACCGUGUAUGGAGGCAUAUCGGUGAGCUACGGGUGCAUAUAUGUUGGGAAUGGAUACACCGUGAGCUUAGGUGCAGCAUUUCACCCAACUUGGACCCCGGGAACCUCCGUCUUUGCCUUUUGCUUGGGUUGAGAUUGAUUUAUGUCUCGGUUACCCAACUAUAAUUUGAUCUUAUAUGUGAACGGAACCUGUGGAGGGAUAUAUAAAAAUCUAAGAACAACUAUUCACCCUAAAACAAAAUCUAAGAACAACUUAAUUAAAUUUCAAGAAUCCGUUGAACUUGGGAUAGUUUCUGAUCACCUUCAGUGACCUGUAGCUCAAGAUAUAUGCCAAAAUCAGUCACAUAUGUGGCCGCUAAUGGUCCAUUUCGAACGGUUUCUUUGA